GGUGUGUUCUCGUUAUUUCGCCUCGCCGAUAAACGAAAGCGAGUUGCGAGUGGGUUAUUUUUUGGCCUUUCUUGUGUCGAGAUGGACGCGUUAAAAGAGCAAGCCAUGAUAAAUCAGUUCGUAAUGGCUGCUGGGUGUGCCAGAGACCAAGCUAAGCAGCUUUUACAAGCCGCACAUUGGCAGUUUGAGACUGCUUUGAGUUUGUUUUUCCAAGAGGCAGCGAUUCCUUCCCAUAAUCAGCACAACGCGCUCGUAACGCCAGCGAACACACCGGCUACACCGCCAAACUUUCCCGACGCUCUGGCAGCUUUCUCAAAACUUCAAGCCUCCGAUACGAGCCCCAAACCACAGACUUUGAACGCAAAUCAUCAACCCGUGAGAUGAAUUCUUAGCGCAAUGUUGUUGUCAGCUUGCACUAUCCGUCCGUUUGUAUUUGUAUAAUUCCGCCGUAUCUUUCUUCAACGCAGCAUUACUGGAACCUUUUUAUAAUAAUACGUUAAGAGGACAGAAUUAGAGGAUUUACUUCGAACAGUAAGCUUCGAGUCAAGAUAUGGAAAAGGAAGAGGAAUAUUGGUAAAAACCGUGUGGAAAGUGCCGGUCACUGUCCGGCAUUAUAUUCAGGAAAACUGUUUAAAUGGGAAUAUUGAUGUGUGUUGAUGUUAAUGAGCAAAAUCAGUGAGACUUUGGAGAGACUCGCCCUUAAACUUAAAUAUCAUUGUGGUUCCCGAAGAACUUAGUGCAAGUGUUAAAACCUCAGAUAAUUUGGGUACGUUGACAAUCGCCAUGUUUGAUAGUAGUGAAAUAGAAACUUAUCGCCUUGCGAAACUGGCGUGCAUUCUUUGUCUUCAUGUAUAAUUUAUGAAUGUCGAAAGGGAAAUAUCAAACUGCUAAUGCGAGCUUUCUUCGGUUUUCCGACGGUUUUUGGAAAUUGGUUUUACAAAAUUGAUGAGGCUAUAAUUACAAUCUAAUUUUAAAGAUUGAUAGUAAAGUUUAGAGAGCAGUACCUGUGUGGAACUUGUCUUGCUCCGAAGCUUACAUCAUACGCGGUAAUCCUUGUUUUAUAUUUGUACAUGGCUGUUUUGUUUCGAUUUAUGUCUAGUUGUUGUUGUUUUGAUGAGCCUUUAUUCGCCUUGAAUGCUUUAUCGAAGGAUCGAAACACUGAUAAACUAAUCAUUUUGACAAAUUAUUGUUAUGAAGGUUCGUUUGCGCGCGUGAAUUGCAUGCUACUGUUAAAUUUCUCAUUGUUCCGGUUUUCUACAGCUCAAGGCAAAGGGAGGCUUUUGAUUUCCGGACUUUGGAAUGCCAUCUCGUUUAGCCGAACCACAAGAAUACAAUGUGCUUUUUAACAAUUUUUUUUCUCUUUUUUUUUUUUUGUGCGCUCGAAAUGACAGGUGUGCAUCAAGGUUUCCCAAGAGUUAUUGAAUGCAUGCUUCGAAAGCAAGACUGCAUUUUUCGCAGUCUCAUAUUCACAUGUCAACUGCCGCGUUCUUUUAAUGACUGGCCCUCAGUGGGCAAAGUCAAGGUCAGACUUCCUGUCUAUUGUAAACCAUUUUCUCUGUAAUAUCAGUGUUAUCUGAUCUUUAUGCCCCGGAUUUUUGGCCACGUUUCCAAUACUUCUUAGCGGAGCCAACCAACUGCUUGAAAAUGUGAAUUUCACUUGAGUCAUGUCAUCAUUUUCACCCCAAGUUCAAAAGUGCAAUUCUCCUCACUGAGUUGUAAUAAUUUCCUUAAAUAUACGUUCUGAAAAUUUGCUGUUGCGUGUCAAGAUCUCCAAAGCAUUUUAAACGUUAAUAUCCCUCAGUUCAUGUCACUUAUCUUCGCUACAACACACAUAUUUCUAAUAAUUCUCAGAAAAAUAUAUCCAACUUUAUUUUCUUGUUGAUUACUGCCUGAUUACACAGGUAGCAAUAAGAUGAGCGAUCACUUUAUUAGGAAACUGCAAGUGAACUUGCACAAUUGACAUAUCAUAGGCCUGUGUAGACUUGGUUUGAUAGCAGCAAACAAUUUUCAAAAGAGUACUGUUACACAGUUUCAACAUCACAUGCUUUAUAAUCCAUUUGACAUGCUAAUGCGGAGAUAACGUGCUCCCUCAAAUAAUAGUUGGAGGUGGCUGUUUUUUAGUGUUUACACAAAGAGUUGGUGAUUAUUUAUGAAAAGCAAUCAUUCAAGGCAAUAGUUUAGAUUAUUGCUUGGAAACAAGGGUAGAGAACUGACAUGUGGCUCUGGCAUUUUCUUUUCUGUUGAAAAGAAUAAGAACAUAUGUGUACUAUGUGUGAUCUUGGAAUUGAAAUAUUAUUUUGAGCAGUUAUUUUAUGAAAGAGAUGACAUAAUUCCCUAACUUAUAAACACAGUCUUAGAGACACUUGUGACAGUGUGGGAGAUAAGCUGUGGAGUCACAACUGCCCACUAGUUUUGCUUGCACAGUUUUGUUUUUCUGACGCAAGCAUUUACAUAUGUUGCUAUAACUGCUUGCCCAUUGAUAAUUGUGCUCA